GGGGAGGGGCCGAGCCGCGCGCACGCCCGCACGCCCCGCCCCGCCCCGCCCCGCCCCGCUCGCCGCGCGGCCCGGCGACGGGGAAGUUCCCGCGAGUGGCCUCGCGCCCAGACCGCGCGGGGGGCUAUUCGGGUGGAGGCGGGGGAGCCGCCGGGACACCAAAAUAGGAGCUGCUUGUGGGGUGGAGCGGCACUAGCUGGCGGCCUCCGAGCGCCUCUUCCAAAGAUGGUCAGAGGGGCCGGAGGCGUCCCCGCUCCCGCUCGCUGCUAGCCCGCGGGCCAGCGCCGCGUGCCGAGCCCCGGCGGGAGCCAUGGCUCUAAAAGGACAAGAAGAUUAUAUUUAUCUUUUCAAGGAUUCAACACAUCCAGUGGAUUUUCUGGAUGCAUUCAGAACAUUUUACUUGGAUGGAUUAUUUACUGAUAUUACCCUUCAGUGUCCUUCAGGCAUAAUCUUCCAUUGUCACCGAGCCGUUUUAGCUGCUUGCAGCAAUUAUUUUAAGGCAAUGUUCACAGCUGACAUGAAAGAAAAAUUUAAAAAUAAAAUAAAACUCUCUGGCAUCCACCAUGAUAUUCUGGAAGGCCUUGUAAAUUAUGCAUACACUUCCCAAAUUGAAAUAACUAAAAGAAAUGUUCAAAGCCUGCUUGAGGCAGCGGAUCUGCUACAGUUCCUUUCAGUAAAGAAGGCUUGUGAGCGGUUUUUGGUAAGGCACUUGGAUAUUGAUAAUUGUAUUGGAAUGCACUCCUUUGCAGAAUUUCAUGUGUGUCCAGAACUAGAGAAGGAAUCUCGAAGAAUUCUAUGUUCAAAGUUUAAGGAAGUGUGGCAACAAGAAGAAUUUCUGGAAAUCAGCCUUGAAAAGUUUCUCUUUAUCUUGUCCAGAAAGAAUCUCAGUGUUUGGAAAGAAGAAGCUAUCAUAGAGCCAGUUAUUAAGUGGACUGCUCAUGAUGUAGAAAAUCGAAUUGAAUGCCUCUAUAAUCUACUGAGCUAUAUCAACAUUGAUAUAGAUCCAGUGUACUUAAAAACAGCCUUAGGUCUUCAAAGAAGCUGCCUGCUCACCGAAAAUAAGAUCCGCUCCCUAAUAUACAAUGCCUUGAAUCCCAUGCAUAAAGAGAUUUCCCAGAGGUCCACAGCCACAAUGUAUAUAAUUGGAGGCUAUUACUGGCAUCCUUUAUCAGAGGUUCACAUAUGGGAUCCUUUGACAAAUGUUUGGAUUCAGGGAGCAGAAAUACCAGAUUAUACCAGGGAGAGCUAUGGUGUUACAUGUUUAGGACCCAACAUUUACGUAACUGGGGGCUACAGGACGGAUAACAUAGAAGCUCUUGACACAGUGUGGAUCUAUAACAGUGAAAGUGAUGAAUGGACAGAAGGUUUGCCAAUGCUCAAUGCUAGGUAUUACCACUGUGCAGUCACCUUGGGUGGCUGUGUCUAUGCUUUAGGUGGUUACAGAAAAGGGGCUCCAGCAGAAGAGGCUGAGUUCUAUGAUCCUUUAAAAGAGAAAUGGAUUCCUAUUGCAAACAUGAUUAAAGGUGUGGGGAAUGCUACUGCCUGUGUCUUACAUGAUGUUAUCUACGUCAUUGGUGGCCACUGUGGCUACAGAGGAAGCUGCACGUAUGACAAAGUUCAGAGCUACAAUUCUGAUAUCAACGAAUGGAGCCUCAUCACCUCCAGUCCACAUCCAGAAUAUGGAUUGUGCUCAGUUCCAUUUGAAAAUAAGCUCUAUCUAGUCGGUGGACAAACUACAAUCACAGAAUGCUAUGACCCUGAACAAAAUGAAUGGAGAGAGAUAGCUCCCAUGAUGGAAAGGAGGAUGGAGUGCGGUGCCGUCAUCAUGAACGGAUGUAUUUAUGUCACUGGAGGAUACUCCUACUCAAAGGGAACGUAUCUUCAGAGCAUUGAGAAAUAUGAUCCAGAUCUUAAUAAGUGGGAAAUAGUGGGUAAUCUUCCCAGUGCCAUGCGGUCUCAUGGGUGUGUUUGUGUGUAUAAUGUCUGAUUGAAUCUGCAGAAAUGACCAAGCAAUCACUUUUUUGGAGUAUAGUUUAAAAAAAAAAAUGAAUGCAGGGUUUGAAGUUCCUUACCUGAUAAUUGUGUCUGGCACAUGAUAGGGGAUCAGUAAAUUGUAAUUCCUAACCCCACUCUACUCCCAAAUAUGGUGAUUCACGGUCAAGAAAGAUCAUAUAUAUAUACACAGUUGUAUCAGUGGGAUUAAUACCUAUAAUCUCUGGUUUUCAAAGGUAAUAUGGAAUAUUUGACACUUGAUAAAAUGUGAACUACCUUUGUAGUGAAUCUUUUCCUCUUGGUAGCAUCAACACUGGGGAUAAAUCAGAACCAUUCUGUGGAAUGAAAUGUUUCUCAAGAGCCUUAUAGUAGAUAGUACAUAUUAAGAUAUCUGGCUGGGCAUGGUGGCUCAUGCCUGUAAUCCCAGCACUUUGGGAGGCUGAGGCAGGAGGAUCACUUGAGCCUAGGAGUUGGAGACCAACCUGGCAAGACCCUGUCUCAAAAAAAAAAAAAAAAAUUUCCAUUUAGCUAGCAGGAAUUUGAAAUUUAAAGAGGGAAUCUUCUCUACCUCUACAAAAUCAACACUUAACACUUUUUUCACCUUCAGAAUUAUUUAGAAUGUGGAUUUACUUUGUCUAGUUUUUUUCCUUUGUAGUGUAAUUUAUUGUUAUUAUUCUCUAUUUACUGACUACCAGAGAUAUACAAAAUACUGUGCAACAGAUUGUUACUGUUCAAAGAGUUUACAAACUAAAUUUAAAAGAAUGGCAAGUCCGAAAAAUCAAUGAGAAGAUAGUGAAAUAUUUGUUUAUGCUAAGGACUGUUUUUAAUUUUCAGCUUUGAUGUAUGUUGCUAGUUUAGGUGUCUUUAGUUCAAGCAUGUUAGGAAAUCCUCUUUAUUCUUAAAUAUAGAUACAUGUCUGCAUAUAUGAUUGAAUUUUAGAGCCAGAAAGCAUGUAGAGCAGUUGUGAUUAAUAGAAAAUACAUUGACAAGAAGAUAUUUGCAUUUAUUUCCCAAAGCUGCCACUAACUAGAUUUUGUGACUUAAGUCGUUUAACCUCUCCUUGAUUAGAGCUUCCUGAGCCAUGCACACUGGCACUGCAAAUCACAGAUAGGCCUAGAUAUGGAUCGCCUCACCCCUUGCUACAUCCAAAGGUGGCCUGGGUGGCUGGAGCCUCUGGGCCAGAACUAGCUUUGUCCAUUUUCCUCAGUGUGUCUACAGCAUCGCUUUCCAUGUGUGCCAUAACUUGGGAAUAGUUGGGAUGUGUUGCUUAACUCCUUUACACCAUUAGUUAUCUGUGAGACCAUCUAUUCCACACUCUUCAUUUUUUAAAAAGAGACAAUUAUUUUUAACUUUACUGAAGUUUAAAACUACCUAGCAUUUCUGAUUAAAAAAAGUUUUAGAAGGAAAAUUUUAAUGCAUUUAUUUCAGAUGGCAUUUUAAAUAGAUACAACCCUUUGGAAACAAAAUAUGGUACUACAUAGCAAGGGCUGUAAAAAUGACCAUAUCCUUUGCCCCAUAAAUUCUACUUCUAUACUUUUAACCUUAAAAAUAAUUCAGAAAAAAGAUAAAUGCAUGAAGACGUUUAUGUCUGCAUCCUUUAUAAUAACAAAAAUUGGGGAAAAAAAUCUCCAUGUCAAAGAAAGUGGGAUAAUAAAAAUAGUAAAAUAUUAUACUGCCAUUAAAAUAAUUACUUGGAAGACUGUAGAAAUGUGGACAUGUUUGAUAUGGUAAGUAAAACGAGCACAAUACAAAAUAGUAUGCAUACUAUGAUUGUGACUUUGUAAAAUCUUUAUGCAUGUGGAAGGUAAUAUGCAAAACAAAUUCAUUGUGUUAGUGUAGCGGGAUAUGGAAUGACUAUUUAAAUCUUUUCUUUAACAUUACUUUGUAUUUUCAAUAAAAAUAAAUCACUACGUAGUAAGACUGCUUGAAUUUGGGCUGAUUGGGUUGAAGGAUAGUCUGAAUUAAUGAAAACAACUGAAUUAUAGACUACUUCGAUCUGUAAUUGAAUUGUAGACUAUUUUAUUGCUCUGAAGAACAUUUAGCAAUUAAUGCUAGAACUAAUAUGCUGCCCAGUAGUGCUUUAGAGAUCCACUUUAUGGCAUAGGUGAGAACAAUUGCAGUCACCUUCCCCUCCUUUGCCAGUUUCUGUAGGUCCUAUCAACUCCUGAGUCAAG